AUGUCUAGAAUAAAUACAAGUGAUGGCGAAACAAACAAAAGCAAAGAUAGUUGGACACCACAAAAUAAAUUAAAUACCGGUCAGGAAUUGCAACUUGACUCUUAUUAUGGACCGGAAUUACCACCUGAUGUUUUAUUUCCCGAUCAAUUGAAUAAAUAUUUAAAAGAACAAAUACAAAAUUUAUCACUCGAAAAUGGUAGUCUACGUAGAUCACUUGAAGAAAUGCAAGAUGAGUUAAACAAUUCAAAGAGAAAAUUAUCAAAACCGGGACUUCCCAUUGCGGGAAGAGCUUCGGAAAUAGCCGCAAAUAAAAUAGCUGAAUUAAGUAAGAAAUUGCGUGAGCAAAAUGCCGAACUCGAAAGUAUGAAAAAUCGUGCGAAAGAUGCUGAGGCUAAAUUAAGACAAAUAGAAGCCAAUGCGACGACGGAUCAACAAUCACUCGUUCCACAAAUGCCGAGCGAUGAUGAAUUAUAUGAAAAAGACAAACAAAUUAAAUUGUUAACGGAAAAAUUACAGAGCACGAAUGCAAAAAUGUGCGAAUUCAGAAAUCAGUGUCAAAGUUUAAAACAAGAAUUAAAACUUGCACAAAAAGUAAUCGAAUGUGAAGUUGGAGAAAAAAUUGGAUUUCAAGAUUUGGCUAAAGAAAAUGGUAGUUGGAGAGGAAGAGCUCAACAAAUCAUAACUUUACAAAAUAAAAUUCAACAUUUACAAGAACAAUUAAGUAACACUACGAUAACGGAAAUACCAGCAACAAAUGUUUUAAGACAAAUUGAAAAAGAUAGAAGAGCUUCGUACGAGGAAACGUCAAAACAACUCAAUCAAAAAACAAUACAAUUGGAAGAAAUGAAAAAAAAAUUAGAAGCAUCCAAAGCAAGGAAUAAAGUAUUGGAAAAUGAAAUAAUACAAAUAAAAACAAAACUUUCCACAAUGAUGGACAAAGGAAUGAGAGAUGAGCAACUAGUGGCAAGUUUAAAUAAUCAAAUAAACGUUUUAGAAGAUAAGUAA